CUUAUCUCUGCAUGACCUGAGGGUUCAACCCAUAUGGGUCUCUAGUUGUACUUCUGAGUAUCGCCUUAAAAAACAAAACUUAAGGUUGAACAUGCUAAAUUUCCCAACUUUGGUACAUGACUUUAUUUUGUAUUACAUUUUCCUUACUUUUCAUGUGUGUGUAUAGGCCAAAAGACAGCUUGUUGGAGUCUGUUCUCUCCUUCCACUGUAUGGUCCCAGAGGUCUUCAGGUAUGGCGGCAAUCACUCCAACCCGCUGAACAUCCUCGCCAGCCCGAGUAACGGCUCUCUGUUGGGAAAACUUUCGAUCUGUUGUGUACUUUCAUGUGUCACUGAGUUUCUGUGCAGGGGACAGGGAGGAAGAGUAGUUGUGGAGGGCAGGGGCGGAGGGAGGGUGUGCCUCCGCUGCAGAAGACGCCACCAUCCCCAUGCUGCAGGCCGAAUUUUACUUCACAGGCGAGAGCGAGGCCUCUUUGCGCUGCCGUAAACUGCCGUAACGCGCGGCUGGCCCCGCCCCCGGCGCUCCUCCUGUGACGCAGGCGCCCAGAGCUAUUUGGGCGGGAAAAGGCGGCGGGCCGGCGGAGAGGCUGUGGGUAAAGCUUUGCGGGGUUUGCGGAGCAGCCUCUUCCCCGGGAUGGGGCUGCUGGAGCUGUGCGAGCAGGUGUUUGGCACCGCCGACCUCUACCAGGUGCUGGGCGUGCGGCGCGAGGCUUCCGACGGCGAAGUCCGACGCGGCUACCACAAGGUGUCCCUGCAAGUGCACCCCGACAGAGUAAAGGAGGACCAGAAAGAGGACGCCACCCGCCGCUUCCAGAUCUUGGGGAGAGUGUACGCGGUUCUGAGUGACAAGGAGCAGAAAGCAGUGUACGAUGAACAGGGGACAGUGGACGAAGACUCUGCUGGCCUCCAGCAAGACCGAGACUGGGAUGCGUAUUGGAGAUUACUCUUUAAAAAGAUAUCGCUAGAAGAUAUCCAAGCUUUUGAAAAGACAUACAAAGGCUCCGAAGAAGAGCUAAACGAUAUUAAGCAAGCCUAUCUGGACUUCAAGGGCGACAUGGAUCAGAUCAUGGAGUCUGUGCUUUGUGUACAAUACACAGAUGAACCCAGGAUAAGAAACAUCAUUCAAAAAGCUAUUGAUGCCAAAGAGGUUCCGUCCUACAAUGCCUUCGUCAAAGAGUCUAAACAGAAGAUGAACGCAAGGAAAAGAAGGGCUCAGGAAGAAGCCAAAGAAGCAGAGCUGAGCAGGAAGGAGCUGGGGCUGGAAGAAGGAGUGGAUAGCCUGAAAGCGCUCAUCCAGAGCAGACAGAAGGAUCGGCAAAAGGAAAUGGACAGUUUUCUGGCUCAGAUGGAGGCAAAAUACUGCAAACCUUCCAAAGGAGGGAAGAGAGCAGCACUCAGGAAGGAGAAGAAGUAAUGCAGUUUCCUCUUCACGGGCCCUAUGUCAGUGUACGGUGUACACAAGGUAAAGGCAGCCACUAAUGUAACCUUUGAGAGAAGUUGUUUGUCCUGCCUAAGCCAAGCAGGAUUCAUCAAUCUGGUCUUAGUAGUUUCUAGAAGUCACCUAACACUGUGUGAGGGCUUCGUGUGAAGGGUUGUGGUGUGAUGGUUGGGAGGGUGGGUUUGACAUUUGCUUCCAUGGGCCUUGUGCCCAAAGAGCUCUAUCUAGAAUACAGGUUUCUGUGGACUGCUCUUACUGACGUGCGUGUAAUGAAGAGAUUCCUAUGGAGAACACCCUCAGAACACUUGCUGAACAGCUGUCCUCUAAAUAAAUGCCAGUGUGCUCUGGUCUUAAUCCAGAUCUUCUUUUCUGGUUCUACUGUUAGGCUUUGUCUCUGUCCUUGCAGUAGCAGACAUGUGUAUUCAUAUUCUUGCUUUUUUUGUAAGAUUGUAUAUGGCUAAAUAAAGAAACAAUGACAAAG